CAUCUGGAUUACCCCUCUCUCUCUCUCUCUCUCUCCCUUCGACUUCAAGAAUCAAGAAAUAGAAAAACAAUCUCUCUCUCUCUCUCUCUACGCGUCACAGCAAUUCACCAGCGAUGCAAGAAGCAGAACUCCACGAUUUAUCAGACGACGCCGAUUACGCCGCCUCUCAACAGCAAGGUUCGGCGAGCUUGAUGCGGAGUGAUAGUAGUAGUAGACGGAGCUCAGCGAGCGAGCCGGAUGGUGCGGAAGUUGUUUACUGGAAAGAUAACGUGACAAUUCACCCGACUCAGUACGCGUCAGAGAGGAUUAGCGGUCGAUUAAAGUUGACCAAGCAAGGGCCGUCUCUGUUCAUGACUUGGAUUCCCUACAAAGGGCAAGGCUCAAAUGCGAAGUUGUCUGAGAGAGAUAGGAAUCUCUACACGAUUAGGGCAGUGCCUUUCACGGAGGUCCGAUCAAUUCGUCGACACACUCCAACCCUUGGGUGGCAGUACAUAAUUGUUGUUUUGUCAUCAGGACUAGCAUUCCCUCCCCUCUACUUCUACAAUGGUGGAGUCAAAGAGUUCCUUGCCACAAUUAAGCUUCAUGUGUUUCUUGUCAGGUCGGCAGAAGAUGCAAAUGUAUUUCUUGUGAAUGAUAUUCAAGAUCGUCUGCAGAGAACUCUCUCCUCUUUAGAGUUACCUGGGGCUGUGGCAAGUGGGUUAUCUUCAUCACCCACUGUUGGUGAGUCCCUUUCAAUUUUAAAUGAGGACAGGACAGAUGGAGGUUCCUUUGAUGGAAGUGCCAGUCAUGUUCAGCAAAAUGGGAGGCGGAGGCAAAAGGUUCAGGAUCCUACUCGAGAUCUUUCAAUUCAAGUAUUGGAGAAAUUCUCUCUUGUGACUAGAUUUGCUCGGGAAACUACUUCACAAAUUUUUGGGGAAAUUCAUAGUGAUGUUUAUGGUGGUAGUGAGAGGAGGGCCCAUAACCAGACUCCCCAGAAUUACUCUAGCAGUGAGGUAGCUAAUGAUGUAGAAAAGGUUCCCGAUGAAGUUCCCGUAGCCUCAGAUCCUUUGGAGUUUGAGAAAUUAACACUAGUAUGGGGAAAACCACGUGAAGCUCCUUUGAUGCCUGAUGAGUGGUCAGCUUUCUUUGAUUCGGAAGGGCGAAUCAAGGAUUCAGAAGUUUUAAGAAAGAGAAUAUUCUACGGGGGAGUAGAUUACAUGCUGCGGAAUGAGGUAUGGCCGUUCUUGUUAGGAUAUCAUGCAUUUGAUUCAACAUAUGCAGAGCGGGAGUACCUGGUGUCGGUUAAGAAGACAGAGUAUGAGACCAUAAAAAACCAGUGGCAGAGUAUCUCCUCGGAACAGGCAAAAAGAUUUACAAAGUUUAGGGAGAGGAGAGGCCUCGUUGAGAAAGAUGUGGUAAGGACGGAUAGAUCACUCUCAUUCUACGAUGGCGACGAUAAUCCAAAUGUGAAUCUUUUACGAGAUAUAUUGCUGACAUACUCCUUUUACAACUUUGACCUUGGUUACUGUCAGGGCAUGAGUGAUCUUCUAUCCCCAAUAUUGUAUGUUAUGAAGAAUGAGUCGGAAUCAUUUUGGUGUUUUGUUGCACUGAUGGAACGACUUGGACCUAAUUUUAAUCGCGACCAAAAUGGCAUGCACACUCAACUUUUUGCCUUAUCAAAGCUGGUGGAGUUGUUAGACAUCCCGUUACAUAAUUACUUCAAGCAGAAUGACUGCUUGAAUUAUUUCUUUUGUUUCCGAUGGGUUCUUAUACAAUUUAAAAGGGAAUUUGAAUUUGAAAGAACAAUGCGGUUGUGGGAAGUGAUGUGGACUCAUUACAUGUCAGAGCACCUGCACCUGUACUUCUGUGUUGCAAUCCUUAAGAGGUACCGUCGCAAGAUAAUGGGGGAGCAGAUGGAUUUUGACACGCUCUUGAAGUUUAUAAAUGAGCUGAGUGGUCAAAUAGACCUUGAUGCUACCCUUAGGGAUGCAGAGGCUUUAUGCGUAUGUGCUGGAGAGAAUGGUGCAGCUUGCAUUCCUCCUGGAACUCCACCUUCUUUGCCCAUUGGGGAGGGCUCAUUAUACCCUCUACAAGAUGAUGAUGUUUUGUAAACACGGUUCUUGUAUCUGGGAGCAAUCUUUGUUUUAUAUUCCCAACAUUCACAAAAGUUAUGGAAGAUGUGGUUAGCACUUCCUGUAGUAUAAUAUUUCUUAAUAUGUUGUUAGCUUGAUUGGCAUAUUUUCCAAUGAAGGAUGUGUUCUAUUAAAUGCCAGUCAAAUACUUGUUGCAACUA